AUGAGUAUUAAAUACAAACUAGUCGAGAUUGAAGAGCUCGGGGAACUUCUCGCAGGAACGCAAAUAGCAGUUCAAAGUUUAUUCGAAAAUUUAGAUCCAUCGUUGAAGUUCUUUUAUCCUCUGUUAAGUUCCGAUAAGUAUUACUACCACCAUGGCGUAUAUUUGGGCAAUUGUAAAGUGAUUCACUUCUCUGGAACAAGCCAAGAUGAUGCCGAAGUUGGCAAAUGUGAUAUAUUUCAAUUCCAGAAGGGUGCAGUGGAUAGGAAGCUCUAUCAAGUGGAAUACGAUGAUCUAACCCAGCUGUUACCUGUUCAAGAAACGUUAGAGAAAGCGAAAGAUGUGUUGGAAGACCCUACAAAGUGGCCAGGAUAUCAAAUAAUUUACAACAACUGUGAAUCGUUUGCGACAUGGCUGAAGACGGGGCAAGUUAUAUCUGCUCAAGCAAUGGCAGCAAAAAGCAGAGUAACUAAAAUUGUUACUGCUAUGGUUGGUUCCGGCGCUAGUAUUGCCGGUGGAGGUUCUAUUUUCCUUCGUUAA